UAGAACGUGGCCGUGAAAAAGCGCGAGACCCCCUUUUUCAAUCGGGGACACGCUUCCCAUCAGCCACCGCAGCCCGAGCAGGCAAAAUGAAGGCGGCCAUAUUGUGUUAACGGUACACGGCGAAAGAAAGGGGGUAGAAACGCGGCAAGGGAGAGCGAAAGCAGCUUAAGGCAGCUCAAAGAAAAGAGUACAAGGAGCUUUAGAUAAUCGGCCAUCCCAGGAGUCCGGACCCUACGAGAGGCGCCAUGAGCGGGGGGACCCCUUACAUCGGCAGUAAGAUCAGUCUGAUCUCCAAGGCGGAGAUUCGUUACGAAGGGAUAUUAUACACCAUCGACACCGAGAACUCCACUGUCGCCCUCGCAAAAGUGCGCUCCUUUGGUACCGAGGACCGACCUACUGAUAGGCCCAUCCUACCCAGAGAUGAGGUUUUCGAGUACAUCAUCUUCCGUGGCAGUGAUAUCAAAGACCUUACGGUCUGUGAGCCGCCAAAGCCCACCUGCUCGCUCCCCCAGGACCCAGCCAUCGUCCAGUCAUCCCUGGGAUCCACCCCUUCUGCUACAUCAUUUCAACCCAUGGCCUCCUACAGGUCAUGUGCCCAGCCCCCUGCUGCCCCCUACAGCCAGUUCAACUCUAACCCCCUGGUAAACCAGCAGUUUGGGAACAUCGGAAGUACAGCGCCCUCCUUUGGCAGUGACGCAAGCGGUGCCACCGCCCCCCCAUUGCCCCAGAGCAGCGGCUUGGCGUCUGCUUUCCCCCCAGAGUUGCGCUUGCAGUCCGCACGCCUGACAGAAGGUCGCUCUAGUCCGCAGAUGGACCCACUGCGAAAGAGUCCCGCCCUGGAGCAGGCGGUCCCGGCAGCCUCCGCAUCCGCCCCUGCCCACGCUGCCCACGCUGCCCACGCUGCCCCUGCACCCCUCAGCCGGAGGAGUCCGGCUUGGCCCUCCAACGCCAGUGGCCAGAAGCCCAUGGAAGUCCAUGAGCUGCGGAGGGGUGCUGAUGUGCAGAAACCACAGCGGCCUGACCAUGAACCGGGGCGCGGUGAAAAUAGGGACGGCAGUAAAAAGCAAGCAGGUGCGUCCCAGCCCCGGCGUGGCCGCGGCGGCGGGGGGGGCGGUGGGGGAGGCGGCCAUCGCGGCAGGGGCCGUUUCACCGUGCGCAGGGACGGCCCCGUCAAGUUCGAGAAGGACUUCGAUUUCGAGAGCGCCAACGCCCAGUUCAACAAGGAGGAGAUCGACAGGGAGUUUCACAGCAAGCUGAAGCUGAAAGACGAGCGCCCUGAGAAGGCACUGAAUGGCGAGGAUAAGGGCGACUCGGGGGUGGACACACAGAACAGCGAGGAGAACGCUGGCGAGGACGACCCCCUGGGGCCCAACUGCUAUUACGACAAGUCGAAGAGCUUCUUCGACAACAUCUCGUGUGACGACAGCAGGAAAGCAGCUGAAAAGUCUGGCGGAUCAGUGUUUCCCAGGGAGCGGAAGCAGACCUGGGCCGAGGAGCGCCGCAUGAAUGCUGAGACCUUCGGGAUCCCGUUGCGCCACAGUCGCACCCGCGGCGGCUUCCGGGGCCGGGGCGGCACUGGUUACCGUGGCUACAGAGGCCGGGGAGCCAGCCGAGGGUCCUUCGGUCCGCCCCGGGGGGGCGGCGACGGCAACGUCGGCAACGUCGGCAACGUCAGGGGUGGCUUCAGAGGAGGACGUGGCGGGAGGGCAGUCUCAGACCUGGAGUUCAGGAAGGAGGAUAAAGUGACUGCAUGAUGCACCUGAAACUGCACCCAGGAAACAUCUCCUCGAAGUCCAAAAACAAGUUUUCAGCUCUUUUAAUAAAAAAGGAAAACGAAGAAUCUAACUUAAUGUCUAACUGUCACCAGCACUGGGGUAGACCGCUUCUCUUCAGAGUGUAAAUGCAGGUUUUGGUUUUUUUUUUUAAUGAAAAGUAUUGCAGUCUUUGAAAAUGUUUCAGCUGUUUAAAAUCUCAUAAAUACCGUAUUUCAGUGAAACUUCAGUAUUUUUGCAUCUCUUUCUCCUGAAAUGUAUUUGAUAAUGUUCUGUUAGGUGUACGGUAUGUAUGGAGGAGCCCGCAGAUACUGUGAGAUCUUAUCACUAAAAUAGCUUUAUUUUUUAUAUAUAUAUUCUGUAUGGUACCUUUAGAAGCAACAAAAUUGUGUAUAUAGUCUGUUGGUUCAAGUUGAAGCUUUUUACCUUUUUACCUUAAUUUGUUUUGUACUUCACACAUACUGACAGUCAGCUCUCCCACCUUUGUAUUGCCUGCUGUGACUUGCAGAUUGUUCUUGUCAGAGUUACUCUCUGUGUGGGUGAUCAUGGGCCAUGCUGGCAGUUACUUCUGCGAAAUACCAAGCUGUUAGCGCACGCUAGCUGUUAGCGCACGCUAGCUGUUAGCGCACGCUAGCUGUUAGCGCACGCUAGCUGUUAGCGCACGCUAGCUGUUAGCGCACGCUAGCUGUUAGCGCACGCUAGCUGUUAGCGCACGCUAGCUGUUAGCGCACGCUAGCUGUUAGCGCAAGCUAGCUGUCGGCGCUGCCCCAGGUUGCUUUGGCCCUCCGCAAGGAUGCAAUAGGCUUCUCUCUAAAAGCCGACACAGAUGCCGUCCAGAGGCCAAACAUGGCCGGAAUGUAUUUGCCUCCCAUCAACGCUCUUCUGGGUUUCCGGUUCUCAGAGGGAAGUCGUGGUGCCAACCUCGUUACACUUUUGUGGAAUGUGCUUCGUCGGAAACUUUUAGAAGCCCCUGCGUAGUUUUGAUGGCUGCUGCAGAAGGUGACCGCUGUCAUUAAGCUGUAUGUAAACCUGCAGUAUUUUGUCCAGUUUGGGGCGGCAGACGCAGGGAUCAGUAGCAUAGGAUGUUCGUCGCCUCUUAGUUUUUCUGUUCUGUGACGUCAAUGGGCCGGACUUUCAUAGUAUUUAGAUGGUAGGACGGAAAUGGAUUCCUAAAGGAUGAGCUUGGAUCUUGAGAAACACGUACUCUGCACUUUACUUACUUAAUCCUGGUCAGCUGUUAUAAUUCAAGAAACAACUUUGUGUAGCUCUGGUUCUGCAGCAGGUGCUUCGUUCUGUAUGAUUGGUCCUUGGAGGUUGUAGUUCGAUGGUGCUUUGAAUUUGUGUUCCGCUUUGCGUUCUAAAUGUUUGAACUGCAGGGGGGGCAGUUUUGUUAGCUUGUUUUUUUUAUAUUUUACUUUUUAAAUAUCUCCAAGAACAACUGUAUAUUCAAGUAGUGGGUUGUCUUCAGGGGUUCGGCCUAUAUGCUUGACUGUUGCACAGUGUUAUAGGAUGUAAUAUGCACCCCCCCCCCCAAAAAAAAAGAGAAAAACAUUCUUUUCAAGUAGCCACAUGCAUUAGAGCUCUGAAAAUGCAGAGAGGAAUUGUUCGUGUUUUUCUAAGCAAGACAGGGCACCCCAACCAGGCUCUUUCUGGCAUCUCCUAUGCUGUGGAAUAGUAUUGUGUUUUAUGGAAUAUUAAGUGUUAAUGUUCUAGAUAUUUACCAUGUACUGGUACAUAGGAUUUAUGGGAACUGUUUAAAUCUAAAAUGGGACAGAAUUAGUUCUUUAUGGGUAUAUCUGAUUGGUCUGUCACUGCAGAAAUUGUUGGUCAAGCCAGGGAGCUAUAUUGCCUACUUCAGACUUUGAAGCACUACAGAUUGAUCUGACACUCAGGCUACAGGAUCUGGCAAUAGAUUCGGUGGAAAUGUGGGUGUGGCGAGCACACGAGUCACUGCAUGGAUGCCAUGCCUUGCUAGAAGUUCUAAAAAUCAUGAAAAUGGAAAAAAAUGUUCUUGAGGUGAUUAGGUCAAUUAAAAAUGAUGAAAUGUCCCAUCAAACAAUGUCUACAUGCUACAUGUUGUGAAGUAUUGGUUGAUCUUGAAACCAGAUGUUUUGUCCUUCAGUUUACUGGCAUGGCAUCCUUUCCCAGUGCCUCUUGACUGUGGGGUUUUUAUUGGAAUUGAGAAAUAAACCAUUGUUCCAUAGCUGUCUUUGUCGGCACUUUGAUUUGAACCUUCACCACCUUGGAGUUGUGUUGCUUUCAGACAGGAUUAAUUGCAUUAGUGUUAGCUGCUUAAAUUGCUGAAUUUUCAUUUGAUAUGAAAGGGUGAAGCUUUGAGAAUCCAACAUCAUUGAAUGAGUCUUCAAAGCUAGUGGUAAGUGCCAGAGGUAUGGUGCAGUGAUCUGGUAUGGUGCAGUGAUCUGGUAUGNGGUAUGGUGCAGUGAUCUGGUAUGGUGCAGUGAUCUGGUAUGCUUUAUACUCCAGCAAUGAGUCCAUGUUCUGUGGUGCCAGAAUGCGAUCCAGCUUCAGAUCAAAUUGUUUGCAUUUAACAUGGCAGCCCGACAUUGUUCUUUUCUGAUCUGUGUUUGCUGUUGAAUCAUUCGCUUAGUGGUACUUGUACAGGAAUUUGCCUCCAAUAUGCUUGGCAGUUUUCAAAUGCAUGCAUCCACAUCAUUGUACUAAUUCAAAAAAUCCAGCUGAGGUUUGCUUGCUAUGGACACAAGCCAAUCCACUUGCACUUAUUUAUCAGUAGCAGAAAAUAGGUUCCUGUUUUUCCAUAUACCUAGAACCUUUUACUUGAUCUAGUACAAGGCUAUGGCCCUAGCCAAGACCUAAAACACUUUUUUUUUUCUCUCCCUUGUGCUAAAGCCAAAUGGCUUAUUUUCAUUUGUUUUCACAGUUUUGUCAAACUUGUACCCAAAUAAAGUAACCAUUCCAUCCUCA